UAGUUCAAAUGUGUUUUUCAAACUCAUACUACCUUUUUCUUUAGUUAUAAUUAUUUGCUUAUCUUCACCCCAAACUAAACCUUAUGUUUCAUGCGAAUCUUUAAUAUAAUAAUAUCAAUAAUUCUCCACGGGGCCGGAGUCCUUAAGGUACCUUUACUAUUUCUUCUAAGCCACUAAGAAACCCCAUAAAAGACAAAAAUAAAAAUGUUCAAUUUAAUAAUGUGAAGAAAAAAUAAAGUGAUUUGAUCUUUUGAUGUUGCUUCCCAUCUACACCAACUUUCUAAAAACAAAAGAGAAAAAAAAAAGAUAUGUAAAGGGAGAAAAUGGUGAUGGGGGAUGUUCGUGCGGUGUGUUUGGUAGAAUAUAAAAAAAAAUAUUUUGGCAAAAUUUGUGUCCCAUACCUUCAUUUCCAUAUCCAACCAAAUCUUCAAGCUAAAUACUAGUAUACCACAAAGAUAUGACAAUAAUUUUCUAAAUUUUUAAUAUAUAUUUUAAAAAUAUUAAAAAUGUGAAAAAUUUGGCCCCCUUAUCUCAAGUCAAAAUGUCUAUUUGUAUGGUGGUUAGUGUGUCUCUUUGUUGAUUUCUAUGCAUUUUCCUCUCUUCUUCUCUCACCUUCUAAUCUCUUUCCUUUCUCCUCCAAACCUCCCCCCUAAAAUCUUUACCUAUUUUUCCCAUUAAUCAUAACAAAAACACUCUAAUAAUUCUUCUAUUUCUUUUAGGCAUAUAUAUACCAAAAUACUUCCCUUACUUGUAGGUCACUCACUAACUUGCAACUUUAUUACUAAGCAUUAUAUUGCUUGCUUCAUUUCUUCAUCUCUUUAUUACAACAAUAAUAUGGGCUUUUUCUUGGGCUGCUUUGGGUGUACAUCUGGUUUUCGGGCGAAAAACGACGACCGAGUUACCCCGGAGAGAGUGUCGGUUGAUGAUGAGGCGUCGGUGGAGGUAGUGAAGAGGUAUAGUUGGUCAGAAAUAGAGAGCUUGACUAUGAAGUUUAAGGAGGUGAUUGGUGUAGGAGGGUACAGCACAGUGUACCUUGCUAAGUUUCCUGAUUCAUCCUUAGGUGCUGUCAAGAUUUACAAUAGUAGUGAGAGGCUUAAUCAAGUUUUUAAGAGUGAAUUAGAGAUUUCCCAAAAGCUUCAUCAUGCCAAUAUUGUUAAAAUCCUUGGCUACUGCGAUGAAAGAGAUGAAGGAGUACUAGUUUUCGAGUACAUACCAAAAGGGAACCUACAAGAAGAGCUUCACAACUACAAUCAAAUCCCUUACACAUCACCAAACAAGAAAUGCAACAAACUAAAAUCACAACUUCUGACAUGGAAACAGAGGAUUUUAAUAGCCUACCAAUUAGCCCAAGCACUAGAAUACCUUCAUGAGAGUAAUGACCUUCACAUAGUUCAUGGUGACAUAAAGUCCUCGAACGUGCUCUUAGAUGAAUGUCUUAAUUGUAAGCUUUGUGAUUUCGGGUUUUCGAAGAUGGGUUUCUCCUCAAUGAUCAAACCACCUUCCUCAUCACGCAUUGCAAUGAUGGGUUCACCAGGGUACAUAGACCCGCAUUUCCUAAUGACAGGGAUUGCGUCUAAGAAGAACGAUGUUUAUAGUUUCGGAGUCAUAUUGCUCGAGCUUAUUACAGGGUUUGAGGCCUUUAUUAGCUCUGCAGGAGAUAAAGAAGUGCUUCUUACAUCCAUUGUUCGAACUAAGGGAAGUUUUGAUGUAGAGAAGGUGGAAAAGAUGGUUGAACCAAGAGUUGUUAAAGGUCAAGGUUUUGAUAGAGAAGAAGUUAAAAUUAUGGCUUCUAUUGCAGGAAGUUGUCUCCAUCAUUUGCCUAGUUUAAGGCCUUCUUCAUCAGAUAUCUGCAAGAUUAUGAGAGAAAAAUUAUGUUUUGAGAAAGUUUGAAGGAAUUAAUAGGGAAAACAUUAGAGAUAGGAAAAAUGUGAGGAACAGUACUGUAUAAAGUUAAAAAAAAUGUAACCCAGAAAACAAUCUCAUAGGAGAUUUCAGAUAAAGGGAUUUUCUAGGAGUACACAAAAAAAAAAAAGGAAAAAAAAAUCUGAUCUGAUGCAGAUUGGUAGGAGAAGGAAUGCAGUUUUGUAAUUUGGUCUGGUUUGAUAUUGUAUUGAUUGUAAAGAGUUAUGAUUUUAUGAAUGAUAUUGAGUUUUCUUUGAUUUGUAAGUAAA